AUGACAGAUAUCCAUUCUGAAAUUAGAGGACUCAAGAGAAAUAUUCAAAGAGACUCAGAAUUAGCCACUGUAAAUCCCAUUGUCAACUGGAAAGAGCUUGUGGCCAUAACUAAAAACGAGACAAACCGGAAAAGCUCGCUCAAAAACAAGGAAAACGAAUUUUUGAACCAAAACGGUCGAUUAAUUCGCGAUCCCAUUGGAGAACCACUCAAUUAUCGCUUGUGCAACAACUGCGACAGACCAGUUAGUGUUUCUGCUAUAGUGCAGCAUUUAGAGAGCGACUGCCCCGCGAUUUUUGGACACGGUGCACAAGGGCGCGCAAUAAAGCAAGAAGACGAGACUCGCGUCGAAAAUUCAGUACCAAACAUGAAACCUAGCAAUUCCAAGAGAUCCACGCCUUUUGAACCAGAAACAUCGCCAGAAGGUAGUCCCGCAGUGAAAAAACAAAAAAAGGCUGCUACACCAGCAGGCGCCAAGUCUAAGCGGAAAAUCAAGCAAAGAAAUCCGACUGAAAAACAUCUUAUCGAUUUCGAUCGCCAAUGUGGUGUCGAAUUGCCAGAUGGCGGCUACUGUGGCAGAUCUUUAACUUGCAAGUCCCAUUCUAUGGGACUAAAGCGCGCUGUAGAGGGCCGGUCUCAACCUUUUGACGUUCUUUUGGCGCAAUAUCAGAAAAAGAACCAGCUGAAAACCAACGCUGGAACGAAAAAUCGCGGGAAACUUGGGCCUCAGCAGCAAAUUUCAUCUUUAGCACAAGAUAAUUACACUGGCGACCAGAUUACCAAUGCGCUAACUCCAGAAGAAGAAACCACACAGGUGCUAAAUGGCGUAUCACGGUCUUUUCCUCUUCCUUUAGAAACGACGGUUUUAUCCUCUACUCGUUCCAGAACCAAAUAUUUCAGAAUGCGCGAAAUGUUUGCAUCUUCCUUUUCCAUCAGACCGGGAUUCACCUCACCAGGUUACGGAGCGAUUCAUUCGCGGGUCGGAUGUAUUGAUCUGGACCGUACUACGGACUACACUUUCCGCAUUAGAACACCUCAGCCUGCUAAUCAAUUGAAUGCAAACAAUUUGAACAUGCAGCAGAGGCAGAAGCUGCAACAACAGCGCAUGCUUCAAGCGCAGAUGCUUGCACAGCAACAGCAACAGCAGCAGCAACAGCAACAGCAACAACAACAGCAACAGCAACAGCAACAGCAACAACAACAGCAGCAGUAUCACCAACUGCCGCCGCAAUCCCAACAGCUAUCAUCCGCACAGCAUCAACAACAGCUCUCACACCAGCCGUCUUCACUCGCUAUGAAAUCUAGUGAACAAGGUGACAAGACCGCUAACAUUUCUUCCCUGAUGCAAAGCGGCGCAGAGACAGGUCUAACACCGCAAGAAAUUCAGAGGCAACAGCAGCGUCUAAGACAGCAACAGGUCCAACAACAGCGCUUCGAAGCAGCCGCGUAUCACUUGGCCACGGCCACUAAGCUAAUGCAAAAUGGUCCUAAGUCUCAAGUCAAUGGGAAAGCUAAUGGGUCCGUUUCGUCCAUUGGAUCGCCCGUCAAUUUGAAUGCACUGAGCCGAAAUGGAAACCAAGCUAAUAUGUCGACAGGAUUUCGGCCACAGUAA